GCAUCAGUGUUUGUUUCUGAUUAGUUGGUGUGUCCCUCCCGCUCUUAAUAAAAGUGAUCCCUUUGGCAUAAACGCUAUACAGGCGCUGGAUAUUGUCAUGGAGGACAUCGAAAAGAAAACCCCAUCAGUUAUUGAUCGGUAUUUCACCCGCUGGUAUAAAACAGAUCUAAAGGGAAAGUCAUGUGAGGAUCACUGCAUCCUACAGCACUCCAACAGGAUCUGCGUCAUCACACUUGCAGAGUCUCACCCCAUCCUUCAGAAUGGACGAAAAAUCAAAAACAUUAACUACCAGAUCAGUGACGGAUGCAGCAGACUUAAAAACAAAGUGUCUGGAAAGUCAAAAAGAGGUGGUCAGUUCCUGACAGAGUUUGCCCCACUGUGUAGAAUAACAUGUACAGAUGAGGAGGAAUACACCAUAUUCAGCUGUAUCAGAGGACGUCUCUUAGAAGUAAAUGAAGCCAUUCUCAACAGACCAGAUCUGUUAUUGGAAAAGCCUUCUACAGAGGGGUACAUUGCUGUUAUAUUACCUAAAUUUGAGGAGAGUAAGAGCAUCACAGAGGGCCUUCUGAACGGAGAACAAUAUCAGGAGGUUCUCUCUAAAAGAACAAACCAACAACAAGAGCCUUGCUGACUACAGUUUGCACUUUCAAGAAUAACUGCUUUGAGAAGGUGAAAAUGCUAAAGACAUCCAGCUAUAUGGCUCUAACAUUUACAAACAAUCUUUAGAAGUAGAGGAAAUCUGAAGACUUUAGGAAAUGAAGAGUUGCAUCCACAACAAAUUCACUGGAUCGCACUUCAAGAGAGCUGAGAAAACCCUUGCAUUUUUGUUGGACUUUUCCAUUAGUCUUUAGAUGUGUGAAUAAGCCAUUGUCAAGGGUAUUGUUUUGUGUUUAGUUUACUCUCUCAUUAACAGCCUUUUUAAUUUAGGAAUGGAUAGGAAUAAAUCACAGACAUAUUAUUUUAUUUUCCCUUUGGUUGCAAUGAAACUGCUCAUAGCACUCAAGUUUUGAAGGUUAUUAUAGUUUAAGUAACUCGACUAAAUAAUGUAACAGCUCCCUUCUGGGCAUAUUCCAAUUCAGUUUGCUAUUAUAUGUUAAUUUAUUAUACAAGCACUCUAAGCUUUAUGUUAAAGGCUGUUUUGUAAUAAAUAAAUCAUACAUAAGCAAUGAUACAUUUUCAUAAAUUGCAUAAAUAAUUCACCCAGCCAUUCAUAUUUUAAGAAAAAUAAUGUAUAUUUAGAUGGGAAUUUUAAAAUUGUUUUUUUGGUGAUUUAACAAUCAUUCAACGGUCAUCAAUGAUCCAACACUAAUACAACUGCUGCACAAUCAUCUCUAAAGCUUAUGUAUUGACUGACUGUAGUACAAAUCAGAGGAACAUUUUAGCAAAGUAUUCACUAGAAUUGGUAGAAACCCAACUCUGAAGAGCCUUGUAAUAUGUGCCAUGCUAAAAAGUUGCUCAUCAAUACACAACAGUCCUACUGAUUUAUAUACUGUCUUCAUUUGAACCUUUCAGGUUAAUGUACCAAAGCUCAACAUACAUUGUUAGGUUUGCUGUAAAAAUACAAAUCACAGUGACCUACAAGGCAGUCCAUAUUACAAGGCUGUCACUCCUACAAAAGCACACUUAAAGGAUCUGACUUUAAGAAAUGUCUCUUUGGAAAGUAACAUUCCUCGCUCUGAACUCUCCAGCAGAAUAAAACCUGGAACAUUUAGAUCCUGAUUUCUCAAAAUAAUAUCCAAAGUUACUGAAAUGCUGCCCUACAGCCUUGGGCAGACUGCCUUGUGGCAAGACCAGUGUAGAAAGAUGAUUAAAACUGUGGAUAUAUUUGGCAUCGACUUGUACAUGAGGCAGUUAUGUUAAGGGAAUAGUUCACCCAAAAAUGAAAAUUCUGUCAUCAUUUACUCACCCUUAUGUUGUUCCAAACCUGUAUUACUUACUUACUUGCACAUAACACAGAAAGAGAUGUUAGGCAGAAAGUUACUUUUUCUUUCCAAUGAAGGUGAAUGGUGACUGUUGUGUUCCACUGAAGAAAGUCAUACGGGUUUGGAACAAACCAAAUUUUUAUUUUUAGGUGAACUAUCCCUUUUAAAAACAGUGUGCAGAGUGUUUUGCAUCAAAAGAUCUGAGGUUCUCUUCAUGUACACCUCAAUAUUGAAACAUAGUCAAAUAGCGAUUCAGUUAAAACUGUAGCUUAUUUACCAGCCAUUACACUUGAAACAGUUGCAUUAUGACUUGAUCACAUGCAAUGGAUAUUUUUUUCUAUGUUUUGGUAACUGGAAUGAGGCUGGUAAUACUAACGCUACUGUACACCACAAAGCAAAUGGACAGAAGCACAAAGAAUGGCACACUGUGAGAGAGUGCACUGCUGUGCACUAGUGUGUGUGUGUGUGUGAGCAGGCGUGAGUGC